ACAGCGCGGUAGGGCACGGCACGGCACUGCGGCGGCGCCGCCGCGCUCCGCCCGCGGCUCCGGCUCCGGCUCCGGCUCCGGCUCCGGCUCCGGCAUGGUGCUGCGCGGGGCGCGCUGAGGGGCAGGGCGGCGGCGGGUGACCGGGAGCAGCCGGCGAGCAGAAUAUUUCAAACAUAAAAUUGCACGGAUCACACUCUCCUGUGACGUCCUCACCUGAAGAGUCUCUGCGUUCAACAGAACAGCCCAGCUCCCAGCCAGUUGCAUAAACCCCUGAAGGAAAAUGAACAUAUUGUACAGCCACUGCUUUUUGUACUUUCUGCCUACCACACGCCUUGUCAUCUUAUUAGCAGCUUUGACAACUGCUGAGGAUGUGACUAAUAGCACUUUAAACCGCACUGACAUGAACAUAGGAUCCGUGCCUGUGGUAAUCUCCCACAUUGACCAUAUUAUAGUCAAGGAGGGAAGUAGUGCCUUGAUUGACUGCAAUGUCCAAGGUAGUCCUAGUCCACAUUACAAAUGGUACAAUUCCAAUGGGCGGCUGCUCCAUGAAGAGGAGAAUAAAGCAGGAAAAUGGUGGUUUCUUGACAAUGGGCUACUAAACAUUACCAGCGUGUCUUUCGAAGACAGAGGUAAAUACACAUGUGUUGCAUCCAAUAUGUAUGGCAGUGUUAACAAUACUGUGACAUUGAGAGUUGUUUUUACCUCCGGAGAUAUGGGAAUCUAUUACAUGAUUGUCUGCCUUGUAGCUUUUACAAUUGUUAUGAUACUGAACAUUACUCGGUUGUGUAUGAUGAGCAGUCAUCUAAAGAAAACAGAGAAAGCAAUCAAUGAAUUCUUCAGAACAGAAGGAGCAGAGAAACUCCAGAAAGCCUUUGAGAUUGCAAAGCGUAUCCCAAUUAUCACUUCAGCCAAAACGCUCGAGCUUGCCAAAGUGACCCAGUUUAAGACCAUGGAAUUUGCUCGCUAUAUUGAAGAGCUUGCUCGGAGUGUACCUUUGCCACCUCUCAUCAUGAACUGCAGAACUAUAAUGGAAGAAAUUAUGGAGGUUGUUGGUCUGGAGGAGCAAGGGCAGAAUUUUGUACGGCAGACAGCAGAAGGCCAGGAAACCACUGAAACAGAUGAGAUGUACAUGAUUCCAAAUGCUUUGAAGCGCAGUGACUCUCCCACAGCUGACUCUGAUGCAUCCUCACUGCAUGAGCCACCUAAACAGAUUGCAAUAAAGGUAUCAGUUCACCCAUUGUCCAGAAAGGACUGCAUGGACGGUCAGUCACAAGAAAGCAUGCAGUUGGACACCAAGGAAGAAGACCCUCCUCAAACACCAGCACUUCCUGCAGAGCCCCUUCCUGAGCCUGCUGCUGAACUCAGUUCUGAUGACACAGCACUGGCAAAUGACAAAAAUACAUGUGUUAUAUAUGAAAGCCAUGUAUGAUAGUUUCUCCUGAAUCUAUGCAUAGCAGGAAAAUCAGGUGGAGCUCUUUUAAAAAUACAUAUUGUACUUGCCGCUAAGCCUUACCAGGAGACUAUCAUAGCAAAAGCAUGUAUGUGGAUUAUUUGGCACUUUCUUCUUGGUUUGACUUCAGUGUACCAUGAUGUAUGGCAGAGUAAUUGCUAUUACAUUAAUAUUAAUUGCUCUUUUCAAUUAGGAGUAUUUCCAAGAAACAUUUACCUCAGCAUUUCCUACGUUGAAGUCACCUGUAGUGGCCUCUUGGAAGUCAUUGGUAGUCUUUGCUGUAGGACACUUGAACUUACUAAACUUUAAACUGCUUUUCAUUUUCCUCCUUCACUCUUAUUUCCAUCUGUUGCAUUCUUGCUAAUAUUAUCUUGUGAAUCUGAAAUAUUGCCCAAGAGGCAGCACUUCUGUAGCCAAAUAAAAUCCUGAUAGAACCCAUUUACACAGCCUGUUUGUUCAGCUCCAUUGUGAUUCAGAGGGCUAUUAAAGAAAGUUAAAAUGUCUCCAUGUCAUUUAAAAUCACACUGCUUAGGCACGUGGGAAAUAGUUUUCCUUUUUCCCUGUAAUAAAGAUGCUAACAAUUGUUUUUUUCCUCAUAGAGAAACAACUCUGAGUUGUAUUUUACAGAUGAGAAAGCCUGUGAACAUCUUACAGACAGUUGCAGUCCAACUGUCAUGGAACAGAAGGGUUCUCUGCAGAGAAGGGUUUUUUUGCAAAUAUUUGAGCAUUUUUUAUUUUGCCAGAAGUUUAUAUGGAACACAGCUGAAAAUAUGCAAGAUGUCUUGUUUUGUAGCAAUUUGGUAGGAGUAAGCAUGCACUACCUUUCUAGAUGUUAUGCAGGUUCCUUAAGAGUCCUGCAAAUGGAAGUAAUCAGCUGAUGACAAGGCUGAAAUGGCAGAAGAACCUUUUAUUUGGUUUCUCAAUUUUUUGCAGAUUUUUAUUCUGAAGAUGAAGCCUAAAUUCAUCUUUAAGCAUGAGUUGGAAAGUGUGUCAUCCAAACUAAAAACAAAACAAAAAAAUAUAGUCAGGUGUCAUGUGAAAUUACAAUGACCAUCACAUAAACUCAACUCUCUUAUGAUUGCUUUGGUAUUUUAACAGCCUCCUACCUAUGUAGGAUGUUUGCUGCUUGAGUACAUGAGACUCUACCACUGUAAAGCUUUAAUGAUCACAGCAAUUGUGGCAUUAAAAAGGAUCAACAAUUAUGCCAGAAAUUGCCAGGAGUGGAAGGGAAGUGAUAAUUUCUAUUACAGACAGACAAUAAAAAAACCUCCAAAUUAGUCUGGAAAGAUAGCACUUGUAUGUGGAGUUUGUGUAGGACAAAUGGCAUCUUAAUUACCUGACACACAUUUACUUUGGAACUAAUGAACAAACUAUCACCUUAUCAUUUUUAAGGACUGUAGUGUAAGUGUAGAUACUCAAACCUGGAAUCAAGUAUAUUUCAGAAAAAUAAGUCACCUAGACCUAUGGCAAAGUGAUCUGUGGAUGGCUCUGGAGAUUCACUUGAAGCAGCCACAUCUACACAUUUACAAUCAGGUAUAUUAAGUGCACAGGUAACUGAGACCAAACACAGUCAGUGUUGCAGCUGUGUAAAAAAAGCCUUUGGUAAUGAACUGAAGUUUUAUGUCAACUUCCUUGUGUUCCUCAGAGAGUCACUAGCAGUGUGCUACAGGAACAUCCCAAGCUAUGUAGGUGAUACAGAGAAGGCUCUAUAUUUUCCUUUACAUGGUUAUUAAAAAAAUACCUAUUUAAUAACAGACUUUAGAUUUUGCAACUGACUUGUGAAAAAGAAAGAAUAACAGCAUGUAGUUGCCUGAUGUACAUUUCUUCUCACCACAGUUGCAGGCAUCUAUACAAAAUGCAUAUGCAUAAAGGAAACAUGAAAGGGCAAAGAAAGUAUUUUCGUGAAGCAAUAUAAGUCUCAAACACAGGCUAGAUAGAAUAAAAUAAAGAACCUCACUUCAGACCAGUGCAGUUGAAAAUACUUCUGAUGCAAACUGUUAACUUCUUGUCUGAGUCCAUAUUGUUUUUUCAUUAUUAACUUUUUACAGUAGAGAUAAGACUCCUUCAUAUAUUCACAUGGUGAUUGGUACCAGGCAGUUCUGAUCCUGACUGCUGCCCUCAGGCUGUCCUCCAGCCUGUUUAUUAUUUGUUUAUUGAGAAACAUUUGAGAGCAAACUAUCCCCAUAGGCUUUUUUUUCGGUAUCUCUGUGUAAACUUUCUUGAAGGUUUAGAUUAUUUUUUUUCCAAAGGUUGCCCCCCAAGAACAUGUCUAUGAAAUAAACACAAAUAUACAUUGCACAUCAUGUAUGAACAAUGGAUUUUUGGAUUUGAUGCAUGUAAUAGCUGUAAAGCUGAAUUUCUGCAGUUGCAAGGUCAAAGGGAACCUUGGCUUUGCUGGAGCUGCAUUUACUCAGAAAGAGGAGUUCAGAGGUAGUCAGCAUGCUAUAAAUUCUUCAGAUACUUAGCUUUGUGGUAUUUAUGGAAUAAAAGUAAAGCAGCACUGUAUCUGAAGAAAAUACAGAUUGUAAUGGUUCUGGUAACGUAUUUUAGCUGUUUUCAUAUGUGCUGGUCAGUAACUUUAUGUAUCAGCUCUUUACACGCUUGCAGGCACUUCCUUUGUGGGACACAGAUGGGAAGCAAGACCCCAUCUUUCCUGCUCCUGACUUAUUGGCUGUGCGCUUACAAAUGAUUCUGUCCUGCAGUAUUUCUUAGGCAAUGGCUGUUUUAUGGUGUAAGAACACAAUCAACAAAUACAAAAUUAAACAUGGCUUGAAGAAAACAUUAACAUUUGCAUUGUUACGUAUUUUCAUGCAGCUUAAGCACUUUGGGGAUAUUACAGUGAUCUGUUCUCAUCAUUGGACUAUGCACACCUUUUGUUACAUUUUUCUGUUUAUCAUAUCACCAAAAACUUAUGGUUUUUAAAAUACUCAGCAUCUGCAAAAUCCAGUCCAACUAAAUUUGUGCUCUAAAAGCAUAAGGAACACCAAACCAGGCUUAGAAAGGAAAAGAGAUUUGCAAGAUGCAUUUACAUAAUUUUAAAUCUUUUUGCCAAAACUUCAUGAACCAUGACUAGAUUUCUGCAGCAUGAAAAUCGGGAUCAUAUUUGAAUUUUACACUUAUUCUUUUUUUGCUAAAUAUAAGACCAUAAUAAUCAGACUACUUGAACAUAGUACUCAUUAUCUACUUACUCACCAUUUUCUUUUUUAACAGCAUUUGUUUAUUGCUGAUCUCUUUUUGUUCUCUGAUUUAGUAUGCUUGUGAUGAAACCUACUUUUCAGUCAUUUUUUGAGGUCAUUGAAAGAAUUUAAAAGAAUCCAUAUAUCAGCAUUUUUAUGCAGGUUUAAUGGUAUGAGGUAAGGCACAGCAGUUUGCUCCUGUGCUUAAAAAAUUACUGGAUAAUUGUAAGACUUGUAGAAUGGCAUACAUAGGCAGAUGUUGAUUUUUUUUACAAUCAGUGCCUGUUUUAUUCUAUUGUACAUACUAUGUCAGUUCCUUGAUUUGCAGUUACCUUUUGACAAAAGUACUGUAAUGUAUAACCAGAGCUUUCUGACAGUCAGCUUGAUUCAGAUGAAUUAAUUCUGAAAAGUGUUAACAGUGUUGAAUUUUAAAAGUUUUUAUGGAGUAUCUUGGUAGCAUGCUAUUUAAAGAGUCGGCCUCUUAAGUAUGCCAUACUUAGUGGGACAAAUGAAAGCUUCUUAGAUGCACAGGAAACGCAUGCACUAAAGUAUCUUAAGUUAUGUUUCAUAUAUUAUGAGAUCCUUUUUGAUUUUACAAGAAAUGUAAGACAAAUAUGAAUGUGUUCUUUUGAGAAGCAGUUACUGUAUUUUAAUUUAAAUAACUGUUAUGAUUUUAUAGUUUGCAGCCAUAAACCACAGAGACCAGUUCAUGCUGAAGUGGCAAAAUGAAAUGUGAUCCAGCUUGUAAAUUUAUCAUUGUUUCAAUAAAGAAUUUGCACAG